UUUUAGGGCUGUGCUUUCUUCUUUAGCUCUCUAGGUUUCUUCUGAACUAAUCUGGGUUAAGGUUUCAAAGUCAUGACCGGAACCUCAGACAAAUCGGGUAAGAAGAACAAAGGCUUGCCUUUGGGUACUGUGAAGGAUGAAUUCGCUUCUUCCUCCAAGUCCAAGGGAAACACUUGUUUGAAGAUAGAGCACGAAAUCCUCAAGGAGAAUCACGAGACUCUGAAGAUAGAUUACGCGAGUCUACAGAAAAGGGUUAAGCUUUCAGAGGAAACUUAUGAGGUCAUGAAGAAGCUUCUUCAGAGCAAAACCCAGGGACUCGAGGUGAAGAGCACCAGCUUGGAGGAGGAUUGUGUGAGAGUGAGAAGCGAGAGGGAUAAGUAUAAGAAAAUGUUUGAGGAGAUGAAGACUGUGGAGAGUGAUAGGAAGGCCAAGAUUGAUGAGCUGAGGAAGAGAGAAGAGGAGCUUUUGUUGGCGACAAGGAGAGGCAAGGAAGAUGCUGAGAAACUGAAGAACAAGUUUGUUGCUUUAGCUGAGAGAUUUGGUGUGAUUGAGGCAGAUUGUUCAUACUUGAAAGCGCUCUAUGAUGCUGAAGUAGCAGCUACAGGGCUUGGAGGGACUGUCAAUCUCAUCGCUCAUCAUCAAGGGAACAACGAUGCUACAGACUCAACAAUGAUAACUGAUGAGCACAAUGAUCCUCCAAGAGAGACUAACAUAAGCACUCAACGGUCUUUUGACAGAAGGAGCCAAGAAGACCAAUGCAAGAACCAAGAAAUCUCCACUCCCAGAGCUGUUACUAAUCAUUUACUGCCUUUCUCUGCUUCACCAUCAUCAUCAUCUUCCUCUUCCUCUUCAGAUGGCUAUGAUGUUGUGCUUAAGCGUCCAGCUAACUGGCCCGAGUGGGCAAUGCCUAAAGGUCCUGGUGAUGGUUCCAACAAGUCUUAGAAGAAGUGAGUUUGAAGUUGCAGACUCUUCAAGGGCAACUUCUUAUUACAUUUAUAUAAUAUCUCUUUUGAGGAACUACUGUUAAAUCACUUCCAAGUCAGUUUAUAUUCGUAAGUCAUUAGUAUGUCAGAAACUACAGUUGGUGACGAAUUUUAAAGCUAAUCAAGAGAGAUCAC